CUGGUAGAAGAACAUUGUGUCAAAGCCUGCCCCUUACAGACCCUGUCCACCCCCACUUCUCUUAAGGCUAUGCUUGCAUCCCUCCUCCUCCACCUAAACCUCAUUUCAGCUCUCUCAUAACAGAGGUUUAGAACAAGGGGGAAAGAAAGGCAGCCAGUAUCAGUUACAGCAUUGGUGUUCAAAAGGAUUGUAGAGACAGACAGGAAUAUGGCAGGAGCGUUUAGCCUUGGAUUUGGACUGCUGCUGCUCUUCUCUUUUGUUGGAAAGGUGCACUCAUGCCUGGACCCUGCUUCAGCCUACAAGUUAACCGGAGCCGUGUGCAGGCUCACCUACCCUGCUGCUGUGGUCUUAAAUGAGAAGACUACAGAAGUAAUCAAGGCUGCUUUCCAGCAUGCAAAAUAUCCCAGCAUUGAGGGAGAGAGGUCCAUUCCGUUCGCAGGGAAACUGGAGUAUCGAUUGCACAACUUGGAAAUCCACAAUCUGUCUAUUGGGAAGAGUGAGUUUGAGCUGCGGGAGAAUGAAGGCAUAGGGAUCGACAUUGGCAAUGUUUCUGCUGUUUUCAAGGGAACCCUCAAAUACUCAUAUGAGUCUGCUCUGUUCAGAAUGGGCCAAUCUAUUGAUUUUGAAAUUGAGUCCAUGAUCGAUCUGGUUAUCAAUUCCAAGCUGUACUGUGGAAAAGGCAAAGUGGCUGCAGACACUUCCGACUGCUACCUCACCUUCCACAAAUUGCAGCUUCUACUACAAGACGAUCGAGAGCCCGGCUGGUUGAAAAAAUUGUUUACAAAUGUAAUCACCUUCACAAUGAAGCUGGUGGUAAAGGGUCAGAUCUGUAAGGAAAUAAAUAAGGUGGCAAACAUACUGGCAGACUUCAUCCAGGAUACAGCAGAACAGUUUCUGAGUGAUGGAGACAUCUUUGUGGAUAUUGGCGUGACCUCGGCCCCGGUCAUCACUUCCAAUUAUGUUGAGUCAUAUCAUAAGGGCCUGGUAACCUAUAAUGGCUCAACUUCCAUCAUCAAUGCAUCCAGGUUUAAUCCAGACCAGCUGACAGAAGACCGCAGUCUUUACUUUUGGAUUGGCGAUGACCUUAUGGACCCUCUGAUGACUGCAGCCUAUAAUGAUGGAAGAUUCAUCUGCAACAUUUCAGGAGAAGAACUUAUUGGUCUGUUUCUGACUGAGCUAUCUGCACCCAGGCCUGAGCUAGUGAGCAAGUGGCUGUCAUCUGAGGAGCCGAUGUUGAAAGCGUGGAGUGCCUCAGUGCCUCGUCUCUGGACAACUGACCAGGGUACAUCAGUGAAAGCUGUGGCUGCAGUGGAGCUUCUGUCUGGCAAACAGGACAGCCCUGCACUUUACUUUGAGACGGAAGUGGAGGUCUGUGUGAGAGCCUACUAUGCUGAUAAGAAGCUCAUCUUGAAGGGCCAAGCGGUGCAAAUAUCCAUAUCAAAGGUGUCCACCUCAUCAGGAGAUUCUGAGAUGGAGAACAGCUUAACCAUUUUUCUCCAGGAGGCUGUAGAAAAGAUUGGCAUCCCCAAAGUCAUAUCCUAUCUAGAGCCGGAAUUAACUGCUCUGAUGGACCGGCAAGGUCUACAUCUCUUUGACCUCAUCAAUCCAGAAGUAAUACCUCGAGAUGGUUAUGUUUUAAUACAGAUGGACUUUGGUUUUCCUCAACAUUUGCUGGUGGAGUUCCUUAAGAAGACUCUUGAUUGAAAAAACACACAAUCACCAGAUGUUAAAAGUAGACACACAUAUCCACCAAUCAGCCAUAACUUUAAAAUCACCUGCCUAAUAUGAUGUAGAUGUUUUGUGGCACCAAAACAGUUGUGACGCAUCAAGGCAUGGGCUCCUCUGUUUGUGCUGCAGUAGAUCUUCUGUAGGAUCAGACCAAACAGUCUAGCCUUCACCGGUUCACCUGUUGUCUGUCCAUGGCCUACAUUUUGUAGGUACUGACCACUAAAACUCCGGAAACUUCAAAGAGGACCUCAGUUAUGCUUGCCCAUAUUUUAGCACAGAAAUCUUAAUAACUGACUGUUUACUUGCUGCCUGAUAUGAAUAACCUAUCUUUUUAAAGCACUUUUUGACUGAUUUGACUUUUGAGUUCUGACUGUUUAUAUUACUCUUGAAUAUCUGUAAAAUGUCACACUUUGUUUUUGUUUUGUUUUGUUUUGUUUUGUAAAGGCAGUUGUAACAAAUCCACUAUUUGGAUGACAGGAAACUUUCCAUGCAUGUAAUGCAAACUAUGAUGGAUCUUCUGCCUAGACGUAAAACACUCUAUACUAUGAAAAGUGUUUCAGUGUGUCUUACAGUAAUUUACACACCUCCAGUAUAAACUUGUUAGUUAAAGAAUAAUAAAAUGUAUAGAUAAUGUUCACAGUAAA